AUGUCAGCUUCAAGUGGGAACAUAGCCAUAGGGUGUGGGCAGCUCCACCGACCCCACGCCGCGUUUGGUAUGUCCUCUUCCGCCUCCCCUCCUUCCUCCCCCCCCUGUUGUCCCUGUCCGCCCGCGCACGAGCUGUGCUUCCGGCAACUGCUCCUCUCCACGGCCGCCGCCAGGGCGUUUCGCCGCCUUGCCUCCGCCUUGCGCCCCUGUCCUGCGCUGUCCCCCUCUGCUUGGCUUCUGCGUUGCGUUGUACUGCUGACUCACAACCCCCUUCGGGGCCCGCCUCUUCGGACUUUUCUUCGCCCCUUUCUGACGUCGUCCUCCUUUUCGUUGCACCGUAGCUGGCCUUCUCUGAGAGUGCUGCGCCCGACUGCUCAGAAUCUUUCCCGUUCGCACGCCUCCCCCUCCAGCAGCCUGACUAGCUCCGCUCCUUGCGCCCCUCCCGUGCCUCUUCAACCCCUUGUGCACUUUCCCCUUGGCGUGACCUACAGCGUGGUUGCGCGGCGGGGAUGCUCCCGACGGUGUAGAUCCUAUUCUUCCUUUUACUCCCCUCGCCCCUCUCGCCCCUUGCCUUUCCGCUACCGUGGCCGCCGUUUCCCUCCCCCUCCCCCGCUUCCCAGCGCCACUUUGAUUACUCCCGCCAUUCACCGCCAGCAACCGGUGCGGCGCUGCCACUUUCCCCCCUUGGCGGUCUUCCCCCAACUGUCUCAUUUCUCCCCGGACUUCAACCCCGCCCUCCCCCCGUGUUGCUUCUCCUUGCUCCCCCACAGCCCUUCCCCCAUUUCCUGCGACCGCCCGCCAAUCAGGAGAGGGCACGAGGGCGCUCGAGGUCCCUUCGGCGUGAAGCGCGCCGAGCUGGCGCGGAAGGAGGCGGGUGAGGAGCGGGAGAAGCAGCAGCGCGGCAGAGUUCAUUCCCGCGACUCGCGCAGAUCGGCGGGUGUAUGGACGGUUCUACAACGCAGCUCACGCAGAGGCUGUAGAUGGAGAUGCCACGCGCGCGAAGCUCUUGCGCCUUUAAGCUCCCCCGCGUCCGCCCCUCCCUUCCCCCGUGCCUCCCUCCCCCCGUCGCACCCCUCCCCCGCCCCUCCACCGCCCUCCCUACCUCCGCCCGCGGCGGUAGGUACUGGCGACCCACGGGCGGGCGCGAGCGGCGCGAAUGACGCUGCCGCACCACAGCUGCCUCACGCCUAUGUUCAUGCCCGUGGGCACGCAAGGCACGAUAAAGGAGCUGACAGCGCAGCAGCUCGGCGAGUUGGGCUGCCAGGUGGGACCAUCAAGGGGCUGACAGCGCAGCAGCUGGGAGAGCUGGGCUGCCAGGUGGUGCUGGGGAACACCUACCACCUCGCCAACCGCCCCGGCGCUGACGUCAUCGCUGAGGCGGGCGGGCUGCAUGCGUUCAUGGACUGGCCGCGCGGAUUGCUCACCGACUCGGGGGGGUUCCAGAUGGUGUCUUUGCUGCACCUGGCGGACAUCACAGAGCAGGGGGUGGAGUUCCAGUCGCCUGUGGACGGCACGCGCAUGCUGCUCACCCCAGAGGAGUCCAUCGCCAUUCAGAACAAGAUCGGUGCUGACAUCAUCAUGGCUCUGGAUGACGUGGUAAGCAGCCUGGUGUCAGGCCCGCGCAUUGAGGAGGCGACACAUCGCACGCUGAGGUGGAUGGACCGAUGCAUGCAGGCCCACAGCCGGCCGCACGAUCAGAACCUCUUUGGGAUCGUGCAGGGCGGGCUGGACCCCAAGCUCAGGGACAUCUGUCUGAAGGGGCUCAUUGACAGAGACCUACCCGGGUACGCUAUUGGUGGGUUGGCGGGCGGCGAGGACAAGGAGUCAUUUUGGCGUGUAGUGGCGCAGUGCACGGCAGCUCUGCCGGCCAACAAGCCACGAUACGUUAUGGGAGUGGGGUACCCAUUGGACAUAGUGGUGUGUUCAGCCCUGGGAGCAGACAUGUACGACUGUGUCUACCCCACGCGCACGGCCCGUUUCGGCACGGCUCUGAUACCAGAGGGCGUGUUGAAGCUCAAGCAUGCAGCCAUGGCGAAUGACCACCGCCCCAUCGACCCCUCCUGCUCCUGCCUGGCAUGCCGCAGCUUCUCACGGGCCUAUCUGCACUCGCUGGUGACCAAGGACCCCGUGGGCUGCCACCUGCUCACCAUCCACAACAUCGCCUACAUGAUGCAGCUUUCAAAGUCAAUGCAUGACGCCAUUCUCAAUAACACCUUCCCCAGCUUUGUGGUCGAUUUUCUCCAAAAACAGUUCCCGCGGGGGGGCGUUCCGCAGUGGGUGCAGGCAGCCAUGCAGACUGCUGCCAUUGACAUUUCCCCAGCUCUGCACCCGGCCCGCGUGUUGUGA